AUGUUUCAGAAGAGUCGUAGGCGCGUACUCGAAUGUAAGCAGUCGCUUCGUUUGAAGCGUGCAUGUGUGAGGAUACUGGAUUCAGGAAGCGAUGAUGGACGGAGUGAACUCCUGCAGACUCGAGUUUUCACUUUGGUGUCGGGUGAAUCGUACAGAGCGCAUGGUGAGAAGCUUUUCGAGUUCUCGAACGGCGCGUGGUCACCAGCCACUCGGGGGUUAAGUGCCGGAGGCUUGGAAUGUCUUUCUCAUGCUUUGCGAUUGGCGCAAGCAUACCUGAACGUCUUGUCGCAGCAAGCAGUACCGCGGGAUUUCGAGGCGGUGGCUUUUCACAUCAAGGCAAUGCAUUACAUUGGGCAAGAGGAGAUUCUGCUUCAGUGGCAGCUGCAAGAUGUGGUGCCCAGAAAAGUGGAGGAGAGAGCAAAGCACUGGACCCAAGGUCUGGCAGAGUUGUGCAAGAUAUUAAGGCACCAGUUCAACGAGCACCACAAGACCAUCUUGAAGCAGUUCAUGAGGUGGUCUGACGAACUGCUGCGGCCACAGGCGGGAUUGUGCUUUGCAGACUGCUACCUGAGCAGUGUGGACGGAGUCUUGAGGCAAUACAAAAAGGAUUUCCGACACAACUGCUAUAUUUCAAUCCCUUGCAGUUUGUCUAUCUCGCCGACACUGGAGACACGCAAGCGCUAUGCUUCCAUAUUGUUGUCGAGCUUCGCCGGUGGCUCUGGGUUGCAGGUCCUCCUCGAUCAAGCAGCACUUGUGGUGGCAGGAGUGCGGCAGCCAGAUGUCAUGCAUUUCAUCGUCGGAGAAGGACAUGACGGAAAAAGUUUGAUCUUCAUAGAUCACCUUAAGGCAGUCUUCGGCAGCUCGUUCGGGAAUGCUCCAGCAUCCAUGCUCCAGACAGAGCGUGAGUGGCAGGUGCAAGGUGCCAACUUUCUGCACUCGGCAUUCAUCUGCUUCGACGAAGCGAAGAGGGACCAUCCAGUGAUGGAGGAGGUGUUAAAAUUGUUCGUGUCAGGAGGGCAGCUGCCGCUGCGGGCCAAUCACGCAGCAGACACAAGAUACGGGAGUUGGGAACUUUGCGGCAAAGCAUGGACGAUGAAUACGGCAGACGUGCCGUGUUUGCCGUCAGCGCAAGAGCGAUCCCAUGCUCGUCGUAUUCGGUGUACGUAUAUGCGUUCCCGCUUCGUGCAUCUCGAAUCGGAAGUAGAUGCAUCGAAAAGGUUUUUCGCUGCAGACAGAUCAACCAAGAACUUUAUGUCAUCCCCGGAAGCAGUGUGGUGUUGGUACAAUGACAUGCUCUUCCCGCACUUGAAACGGUACGGCGUGCAAGCGUGCAGUGAUCGCCUGGAAUCUCCAGCAGCCGAUGGCCAGACUGCAGCGGACACCGCAUGGCUCUUGAAGCGGAUGAGUCGUAGCAGCCGAGCACCGUCCCCCGAUGUGUCGGAGGCAGAGGACAGCUGUCAGCCAAGCAGAUCGGAGCAGUUGGUGCGGGAGACGCAUUCUGCCAUUGAGUCGCAGUUCUUCUCAGCUGCGGACGUGAACCGUCUGUCUAUUGCUGCGAAUCCGGGAAGCACGAAAGGUCAUUGCAACAAAAAGUCACGCGUGGGACAUCUGAAGGAUGCCUUGGCCGACUUUCCCAAUUUGGUGCGACAGGUGCAGGGCCAGAAGCGAGGGGGGGUGACUCUUGAUCGAUUCGAGCGUCGCCAAGUCGACGUGGGCGACUGGGAGAGGAUGCUGGCCUCCAUUGCAGAACCAUCCGACACAGCGAAAGUCUUCGGCAGUUGGGCAACAUGGUCAUGGCCGCCGCCGGCUGAAGCAUGGGAGGAUCCGGAGUCAGAGGCGCAGGCUUUUCCCAAUGGUAUGUCUUGGAGCAUCGAAUGCCACUUGGACCUGCAGAAGCUUGAAGAUUAUUCUGGGAAGGGCAUGGACAGGCGACCAGAUCAGCUCCAGGCAUUUCUGCGUAAGUGCAAGGAGGAGAUGGGCCGCACUGGCAGUGCAAGCAGCCUCGUAUGCAUGGGCCAGCAGAAACUAGUCUUGGAUGACACGUCGUUGGGUCGCGCAAUCUUUCCAUGGGCCAGCUUGUCCAACCUGACGCGAGAGGCGCGUGCGGCAGCUUCUCCGCCGGAAUCCAUUGAACUCGACAUGCCCAACGCUGUGGUUUUCUUCGCUUUAGAAGUGGCCUCGGAGAAUGGAUUGGAGCUGCCUGCCUUUCAGCUGUACUAUGACAACAAGCAUGCUUGGCGACGUGCUGUGGGCAAAUGGCUGGAUCUCUGCACGAUAGAUGCAAAAAAGAUGUUAUUGAGAGCCGUUUUCGGCUUUGCGUAUGGCUCCUGCACUCCAACGACGCGAGUACGUGUUUGUCCCCUUUUGGAUGCCUUGGCAGCAGAUGCCGAAUGCCUGAAGUCGCUGAUCGCAUCCUCGCGGCCAGAGUUGGUGGAUGCCAUGCACAAGGCCGGCCGCAAGAGGCCACGGACUUCGUCACUGGCCUAUACUCUUUUCGAUCGUGAGCAUGCUUGCCUGCAGCAGCUGGUUGGACUUCUUCCGGAGUUCGGGUAUCGGCUGGUAACACCUGUUUUUGACGCUGUGGUCGCAGUUCCCUCGGACACAAGUAUCUGUCCAGAUCCACUCGUGCAAGAAUUUUUCAGACAACGCGGAGUGCAACUGCAAGUCGAAGCUGUGCAUGCAGGCGAACCUCGGCAAGGUGUGACGCAGAUUGUAAGCAACAUGGUAGCCAAGGGGCAGGGCAUCACCCUGGACAACAUCGUCAGAUUGCCGGGGGAGGCCAUGUGUGUCCCGAUUGCUGUGAUGAAUUUGUUUCCAGACCAUGUGGAGGAAGUUUCCGCUGCAUUCCGAAAGCAUGACGGUCCCUUUGCGUAUCGAGCUGUGAUGGAGUUGUGUCCACAUGUUCUGCUAGAGCCGAUGCCUAUAGAGAGCCUGUCAAAUGCAAAGGCUGGGUCGACUUGGUUGGUUCAUGACCCGCGAUGUGUGGAUGGGAAGGCGUUGUUUGCAGAGGGCCCCUGCUGGCCAGGUCAUUGUUGUGGAGUUCUCGUGGAGGACAAGACGACACUUGUUUACAGCUCCCAUCAGGACGAAAGCAGUCAGGUUAGCAAAAGCUUAUUUUGCGCGGAAUUGGCCAAGAUUGACGGGGUGAAAGUGUACAGUGUGAACUGGGCUGACGCAGAACCUGCGCAGAAGCAUCGGCGCAAGCUGAGUGGCACGGUCUGCCCGGUGGAGCUAGAGCUCGAAGCAGGCGCAGAGGACAUCAUCGGGGAUGUGUACAAGAUGCUCGCGCAGGAAGUGGUAAGCACGGUCUUGCUGCAGACAGAGCCUGUGGCUGAUUUGCUGGCCACAGCUGCAAGACUCAUCCGUACGUGGGUUUGCGUGGACGAGUCCACUUCACGGUUUCUCCAAUCGCAAAACCACAUCGACCUGGUGCUGUUGUUGACUGCUGUCGGACCACGAUACGUGAUCAAACAACAAACUGUUCAUGCCCAGCGAUUGAACAAGGCCGUGUACUACCAGAGCGACUUUGCAAACCUCUUGGUCGCAAAGGCACUGCUUCAUCGUGGCAAGGUGCAUGCAAUCUUUACCGACCUGGCAGCUACAUUUGUGGCAGCAGGAUGCUUAUGUGCAUCACUUGGGUGCCGACGGAGAGAAACUCGGACAGAACUUGUCCGAGAGGUGCUCAAUUUGCCCUACAUGCAAGCGUUUCGCGGGAGGCUGCUAGACUUUGCGACGGCAAGAAAAGAAUGGGUAAGCCUGAGCCAUGACGCUACCUAUCAGGUCCUCUUCAGCUUGAUAGGACAGCGAGUCAUGCAGCAGCGUGAAGGCGAGGCUCACGCUCUGCACACAAUCUUAGGACGCAGUGGUGGUCUUGCAGGGCUGAGCCUGCAGCACACGGAGGGAAGCACGUGCUUCCGUGCGGCCGUAGCAGAUGUGCUUCCUUUGUCGGCGCGGCAGUCGGUCCUGUAUGUCUUUUCCGAUAGUCCUGAGGCCGUUGAGGGCGCAACAGAUGUAUUGCCUGAGCUCCGUGCCGUGGCCGAGGAUGCUCUCCAUCUAGUGCUACGUGUAGAAGGCUGCUAUGGAGAACGCAGAUCGUCCAUGUCGUCAUUCCUGCUUCGCCUCCAAGGUAAGUUCAAACAUCCGGUCGAGGCCGAGCUGUACCAUGGAAACAGUGGGAGUCAAACUUCGGUUGCGUGGGAAGGUUCAACGGCCCGCGAUUGGGAGGAGGUGACGUCCGAGACAUACCUUUCCACACCUUACCAGGAUCAUGCGGAUUAUGUUCAGGAUCUGCGAGCAGUUCGUGAGAAGUAUGCCACGGAGAUGAAGCGUCGCGACCAGAAAGGUCGUACGGUGGAACAGGUACUUGCGGCAGGAAGCUCAUACAAGCACUACCGAUACUUGCUGAAUGGCUCCAUCAUUCGACACAAGCUUCGCGCAAUGCUUCCUGCCAAAGAGUAUGAUCUCCUCAGCUGCGGCACAUGUGCGAACGAGGCACUUCAUUUUCAGCUGAAAGCUGCGGAGGAGGCUGUCGUGCAACAACACCGAGAACAAGCAGCGCUUCACCUGAGUGCUUUCGCUCUGGCAAAGUUAUUGGCGCAUCACGCGGCAGCGUAUUAUCCUACGGUGGCGCAACGAUCGGAAGCGGAAAUCCUCAGUGUGUUGGUAGGGACGAUGGCGCAAGGGCAGGGUGUCAUUCCAGCGUUUGACGCGGGAGAGAUGUCCUCCAUCGGCAGCCGCUCUGAGCUGCGUCGCCCCGUUCAUCAGCUUGACUUAGACAAGGUUGCGCAAAGGGCAGUGAUGGCUGCUACACAAAGCAAGCGUUGGCAAGCGGAGACAGCCAUUCGAGAGGAGAAGCGACGCGCUCGUCAGAUUCCAGCUCCCAGCAAGGGUCCUCGGAAGCGCACCGUGUUCACGAAGAAAAAGACACUUGGUUGCAGCGUGGCAGUGGAAGAGGACAGGAUUGUUUUUGAGGUGUUGUAA